AUGGGAAACGAAAACUCAAUCCCUAUGGAACUAUGUUCAAAUUCUCGUGUUAACUGCAUUGAUUUUAAGGUGGAAAACUUCGAUGCGGACGAGAUCCGGCGUCUGGGCAAGCGGUUUCGUAAGCUGGAUUUGGACAACUCGGGCGCCUUGUCCAUCGACGAGUUCAUGUCGCUGCCUGAGCUGCAGCAGAACCCCUUGGUACAGCGCGUUAUCGCUAUUUUCGACGCCGAUGGUAACGGAGAGGUGGACUUCAAAGAGUUCAUCCAAGGAGUAUCGCAGUUCAGCGUCAAGGGAGACAAGCUCUCGAAGUUGCGCUUCGCUUUUCGUAUCUACGACAUGGACAACGACGGCUACAUCUCCAACGGCGAGCUCUUUCAGGUGCUGAAGAUGAUGGUGGGCAACAAUCUGAAGGACACGCAGCUGCAGCAGAUCGUGGACAAGACAAUUCUCUUCGCGGACAAGGACGAAGACGGCAAGAUCUCGUUUGAGGAGUUCUGCUCCGUGGUCGGCAACACUGACAUUCACAAAAAAGAUGGUGGUCGACGUCUAGACGCCUCUCGCCGCGCCUUAGCUUCAUAUAUUUGUUCUCUUUCAUUUCAAAUACUCUCACUCUGCAGUGUAUUUAUUGGCAAUAAGGCUAUCGCGGAGAAAAGAAGUACCAGAUCCAAAGUAGAUUCAUUAGUAUGUGGCCUGGUACGUCUCUAG